AUGGCGACAUAUUUCGAGUCCAAGCCAGGCUUUAUCGGCCUGCCCCAGAACUUUCUCCGCGCCGUCGGCUUGGGCAUCUUCACCAAGCUCGUCCAGCGCCCUGAGCCACCCAAGUUGCUCAUUCGAAAGUCGAGACGAGUUGCUUUGGCUCGAAGCGCUGUGCACAUUCUUCCCGCCACGAUAUCCAUCAUCUUGAUAUACAUCAAUCUUUCUGGGCGGUUCAUCGGGAACGAACUUGAAGGACCGCAAGGAAAAGACAGCCUUAAGAUGGCGCUUUUGCAGGUUGCGGCCAAGCUACAGGAGCUGCUGGUGGUAGGAAGUAUGGGUACCAUUAUCUUCCACAUAAUUCGUCAAAGACUUUUUUCCAACGAUGGAAUUCCUCUCGGGUUGCUUGUCUCUGGCUGGUCGUUCAGCCAGCUUAGUUAUUUCUACUCCGGGGAGUUUUGGAGUGGCGUCUUGUCUCUGUUUCAACCACCUUCUGGUCGCCUCAGAAGCCUGGCUUUGGUGCUGCUGUUACUACUGAGUGGGAUCCUCGCCUUAAUGGCUGGCCCUGCGGCAGCUAUCAUCAUGAUACCGAGAAUCAUGGACCUGCCGGUUGGCGGAAGUGUGUUUUGGUUAAAUGGAACCGAAAAUGACCUCUGGCCUAGCAUCCUCGACGGCUCAUAUCUUGCCGACUAUGACUGCUCCACUCCAGACAAGCAGCUAUACGACCCCGCGUGCCCUUCUUCCAACUUUCUGCCUCUGCAUCAACACUAUUUCAACGCACCCCUCAAGUUCGAAACCGAGCUCAUACAGCUGGAAAUGGUUGAUCCCAAAAUACGAAAGGCCGUCUAUUUCACUGUCCGGCAAGGGCCCGGAGUCAUCGAUACUUGGUUCUACACCGCCCACGCGUCCACAGCUGCCGUGCAAGAUGCUCUGCGAGACUUACACAUGAAGGCAUUAUUGUUUUUGAAAUACCGUGUUGGACAUUUUGGGCGUCACAGGCCAGGUUCGUUGGAGCGGGCGGUCAGCAAGCGGUAUGAAGUAGAGACAAAGUCUUCCUUGACGCGGACGGUGUGUCGACCGCUCCCUGAUGUGUCGUUUGAGACCGUCAAAACCUUGAUGUUUCCGCCGGUGAAGUUGGAGGAGAAGUUUGGGGAUAAAGCGGAUGGUUACUGGGAAGUUGAUGUUGAGAAGCCUGUGAGGGAGUAUCUUGGGCGCCGUAGGAUUCUGAUACAGGAGGGGGACGGAACAUGGCGGUUGAACCCGGAGCCAAACACAAUUCCCUCUAUCAUUGCAAUCCCGGUGCCCUUGGAUCAAGACGAAAACUUCAAGUUUGGCCUACUAGUCGCGAGACGCCAGGGGGAGAGUAACGUGUGGUGGCCCGCGACGUGUACACUGGAUGCUCGCUGGGGAGACGCCCGUUCGUUCUUUGAGUUUGGUGAUCGAUCAAUGCGCUUUCACGACUUUCAUCGCGGCAAAGUCAGUAAUCUGGUGCAGACAACCUUGGAAACGACCAAUGGGGACAACAUGCUCUCUCCUUACUACAAUCCUCCCAACGACCACACGAUAACCCCCAUAGCUCUUCAUCUGAGCUGGUACGAUCACCUCUCUCCAGUGAUACCGGCAGGUUUCAUCCCCGAUCACCCCGAUUCACCGCUCCGAGGGACCAACCGAUCAACUCUAGAGGCCCUUCUCGAAACAAUCCCGGCACAUAACUGGAGCCCACAGAAUGAUGUUGUUGGCAUAGACACGGAGGGACUGGAGUUGGUGAUAUCAAUGACUUUUGUCGACGGGCUGUCUCGUUGCGGCAUUGCACUCAACCCUAAUAGCGGCAUGUUACUAGGAGGUACAUGGGAAAAGGGGGCGUUGGAGAAGGGAACCAGAUGGGAAAUCAACAACGAUAAGCCAGACGAUGUCUGGAGAUUGUUCAAGUUGGGAGAGCCAAUUGAAGUGUUUGCUCCUCCGGCUAGUCUUAACCUUGAGAGGUCCACUCGUAUGGUGAUGCGGGUGACAUUUACGGGGUACAUGAUGGCGGCUGACAAUUGGUUCGACUAUCUCUGCGUGGCGGCCAUGAUGGUGCAUGCACUCGCGGCUCUAAUUCACACCGUCUGGGUAGUGUGGCAUGCAGAGACGUCAGAGGCUUGGGAUUCCAUCCCUGAGAUGAUCGGGCUUGCGCAGAGGUCACCCCCGCCAUGUGAGGAGGAGGCAUGUCUUGACAAUAUUGGGGCGGGUAUUGCGUCGGUUCGUAAUCUGGGCGAAGUGGCGUGGGUCGAGGUCCAUGAUGAUAGUGGGUAUGGCAGCCAGGAUGGGGUGAGGUUGAGGUUUGGAGAUGGGGUUAGAACCAGAGAUCCCAAAUGGGUGCCGAAAGCUGAAGAACGAUACAGUUAGUGGGUAGAGAUGUUGGAAUUUUGGAUACCUAUGCCACAGCCUGGACUAUUCUCAAUACAUUUGGCCGAUUUGUCUAUCGGGAAUGAAGAACGGCCCUCGACGUUGAGGUAUAGCUUGGGGGGUGUAACCCUGAGCAUACGCACCGUCAGGUUCAAGAACAGCCUUCAGCUCUGUUCGAUUCACUUUCAAAUUGUCCAAGAUGCCCACCUGACGUCCAAGCGGGAACCGACAAACACUUUGGCGCCUGGAUGGCAGCUGAGAUUCUGCAUCACGGGUAGCAACAUCAUCCAGACCGCUUUAUCGCCGCGAACAGACUUUGAUGUUCACUCUAGUACUCCUUGAUCAGGACACUGGCCGGCUCCGAUGCGUGCUGAAUCUGCGGGCUCAAACGUCUCUUCACAGUUGACAACCAGUCAAUUGCUCCUGCAGCACUAUACUAGAGGAUGCGAGUAUCCGGAGGCGUGUUUGGCACAGUGGCCGACGCCUAUGACCAUCUGUGAGAAGUAGAUAUUUACCCUCUUUCACUUCUUGGAAGGGACUAGAGGUUUGGAACUGCUGUUGAUGUGGCUGGCUGUCUCUGCGUCAUUGGCUGUCUUUCCCGGAAUGUGUUUUCGUGCCAUGUGCGCCUCCGGACACCAACCCCCGAGUUUCUGGAGAGCCGGCCGCCGGCCGGACCACGCCACGUUCUGCAGGCCCGGGUUCGGUGUCCAAUCAUUGGAAAGUUUUCACCACUAUCACAUCUGCCUUUUGGAUACCUAUAGCAAGGUCAUUGUCUUCACGCUCGCACCCAGAUGCCUGUCAGCAAUGACAUUCCCUAAUUAGCAGAGUGUCCCUACAAUACAGAGAGUUCUUUUAUAAUUAUGGGAGAUGGCGCAACA